AUGGCUGAUAAUACAGGUUCUUCUCAAUUUGACGGUACAAGUGCUUUUGCCUCGGCUGUCGCUCGCGCGAGACAGAUAGCAGCCAAGAUCACACCAGGAGCGGGGGACGCUCAAGUGCAAGGUAUCAAGAGACCUUUGGAUGAUGGCGCCUCCUUUGGUGAGCCCGAUACAAAGAAGAAAAGUGGUGAUUCCACAAUAGGAGCACAGCUGCGUGCCAUCGCUGACAAUCAAGGAUUCAGUCAGAAUACGGAAGCAGCGAGAGCCGCUCAGGAAGCAGCGGCCAGAAUCAACCGCCAGUUGGGCAUUCAGCAGGAUCCAAAUAUGCAGCCACAGAAACCUGGACCACCUUUUGGUGUUGGUGGAAUGGUCACCACUGAGGAACAUAGGGUCCCAGACAAACUGGUUGGGUUGAUUAUUGGAAAAGGUGGUGAACAGAUCACACGGCUUCAAGCAGAGAGUGGCUGUAAAGUACAGAUUGCUGCAGAUAGUGGUGGUAUGCCAGAAAGACCCUGCACUCUAACAGGAACACCCCAGUCAAUCAUGAUGUGCAAGCAAGCCAUGCAACAAAUUAUUGACAGAGGUUCAGGACCCCCGCCCAUGGGAGGAGAAGGAAGAAGCAUGGAUAGUAUGGGCGAAGGGAGCACCGUUGUCGAAAUGAACAUCCCAGGCCUGAAAGUUGGUCUCAUCAUUGGAAAAGGUGGAGAAACGAUACGGCAAUUGCAGGAGCGGGCUCAAGUGAAAAUGGUGAUGAUUCAAGACAGUAACUCCCCAACAGCACAUGACAAACCUCUGCGCAUCAGUGGUGAACCCAGCAAGUGUCAGCGGGCUAAGGAAAUGGUCCUGGAACUACUGGCUGAGAAAGAUAAUAUGCCACCUCGAUCUGGAGGCUUUAAUGAAUUUGGAUCACCUGUGGGUCAUGGGGGUCAGGGUGGUGGCAUGGAUAUUGCUGUCCCCCGACAAGGUGUGGGGUUGGUUAUUGGCAAAGGUGGUGACAUGAUUAAGAAGAUUCAGUCAGAAACAGGAGCCAAGGUUCAGUUCAAGCCUGAUGAUGGCCAGAGCCCAGACAGAGUAUGCUCUGUAACUGGUCCACAGGAGAAAGUCCAGGCUGCUGUACACAUGAUCCAGGACCUUCUGGCUAAAGCUAAUAUCAUUGGGGGUCAGCCUGUCCAUGGUGGCAACUUUGGUGGUGGACCGAUGGGCCCUGGACCAGGAAACGACAUGGGCAGAGGUGGGCCAGGCAAUGGUCCAUUUCCUCCUGGCCCACAAGGACCUCGAGGGCCAGGCCCAAUGGGUAGAGGAGGAUUUGAUCCAAAUUUCCAGGACCAGACAACCUUCGUUGUACCUGCAGACAAAUGCGGAUUAGUCAUUGGUAAAGGUGGCGAAACAAUCAGGGAGAUCAACAGGCAAUCUGGUGCUCAUGUUGAGUUGGAUCGUAACCCACCACCAAAUCCAAAUGAAAAGAUGUUUUGCAUCCGAGGCAAUCCAGGACAGAUUCAGCAUGCCAUCCAGCUUAUCCAGGAGAAGACCGGACAGCAGGGUAUGCAGCAUGAGCAGCGAAUGGGACAUGGCCCAGGUGGAGGACCUGGUGGCAUGAUGGGCGGGCCUGGUGGACCCAAUGGCCCACCUGGGGGUCCUGGCCCACAGGGCGGACCAGGAGGUCCUGGCCCACAGGGACCUGGCUAUGACCAGUAUGGUGGACAGUUUGGCCAGCCAAACCAACCCCCUCAGCAACAAUUUGGAGCUCCUCAGGGAUGGAAUGCAUAUGGCAACCAGUACCCCCAGCAGCAGAACAUGCCUACCAUCAACCCACAGACAGGCCAGCUUGACUACAGCCAGGCCUGGAUUGAGUACUACAGGUCCCAGGGUAUGUUCCACGAGGCUAACAUGGUCAUGCAGCAGGUCCAGAGCCAAGCAGCUGCUGCUGCAGCACAAGGAGGUCAGCCUGGUCAGCAGUGA